UAACCAACAAUAGCUUCUCCCCACAAAAACACUAGUCUUUAAACUCUUACAAACACCAACUCACACUCAGAAUCAACACCAUGUUCCCUUCAGGAACUCAAAUUAACCAUAUCUCAUACCAUCUAUUCUCCUUCUUCUUAUAUUGCUUCUCUUUGACUCUUACCUUCAUGAACUGAUCAUCAUAUUAGAAUGGAAUCAACACCUGAUUUUGUGAAAAGGGUGCUUAGAGAAGCGCUUGGUGAUGACGUUAGCGAUUUCAAACUACUGGUAUUUGCAGUUCAUGCUUUUAUUCUUGAAUCAGGGUUUAUUCGUGUGGAUCGCGUUUCGGGUGUGAAGAUUAGUUCCUCUCAUCUUAUAGAUGACAUGUCUUCUUCUUCAAUGAUAUGUUUGAGGUAUACUCUUCCUGAGAUUCUUACUAAUGGUUCACCUCAUUCAUUGAAUUUGAAAAUUCAGACAUUAGGGCAUUUUGUGAACGUUUAUGGUUCAUUGUAUGAUGAUGUUGGGUCAAAUGUACAUAGGGUUUAUUUAGAUAAAUAUAGAUUUUCCAAGCCUUUAAAGUUUAUGCUAUCAAAUUUUGAAUCUAUUGCUAGUUUUAAUGUUAAUGAUGAUGAAAAUGAGGUUUUUGAAUUGUGGAAGAUAGUGAAUGAUAGGCUUGCAUUGCCACUUUUAAUGGAUCUUUGUGAUAAAGCUGGAUUGAAUCUUCCACCAUGUUUUAUGAGCCUCCCAAUGGAACUUAAGCUCUUAAUAUUUGAGUAUCUUCCUGGUGAUGAUUUGGCCAAAGUGUGUUGUACUUGUUCAAAAUUGCAAUACCUUGCUUCUAAUGAUGAGUUAUGGAAGAAGAAGUUUGAGGAGGAGUUUGGACAAAGUGUGAAUGGUAUGAGGUUUUAUAAGAGCUUGUAUGCUCGUUACCGCGCAACAAAGAAGAAUUCAGAUCAAUCGUUUUCUUUUCGAAUUCCUCGGACUCGUAUUUUGAGAUACUUUCAAAGGAGAAGAGGUGGUGGUUAGUGUCAUCUUGGAGGAUUUGAAUGAAUAAUCCGAUGAUUCCAAGUGUUGGGAAUGAAUCCUUGUUAACCUUUGUUUUGAAAAGACCUUGCUUGAGUGAAUGAAUACAUGAUAAAUAAAUGGCUGUGAAUGUAUUAGGUCCUUUUGGUGAGAUAUAUUUACUUUGUCAUAGGUCUAAUAUUCAUUUAGGCACACAAUGAAAAUAGUAAGAAUUUCAUUUCCUGUCCAAAAUUCUAUUCAUUAUAUUUGGUUCCUUACAAGUA